CAAAACCCACCCUCGAUACCGAGCCACAAAUACAGUCAAAAACAAACCCCCCCGGAAAAGGUCAACUCGUCAGCACAGCUGUUCGCAGCCAGACCUGUUCGGUGAAGGUCUUCCAGAGCCGGCAAAACGACGGGGUUGUUGUUUUAAGCUUUGUUUUUAACCAACGAUGCAGCAACAGCUUGUGAUGUCACCGAAAACACACCACACUUUCGUGAGUGCUGUCAGUUUCGUUUCGGUGAUUGUGUCUGGUGGAAGGAAUUGCUUGACACUGAACAUUUUCGUGGGGUUUUAGCCGAAAUUGCCCAAAAACUCAACGAUGGCAGCCAAGCGUGUUUCUGUGCGUCAGACACUCUCGUGGGCUAUCGUUAGCCUGUGCCUUCUGGGCCUGCCGAGCCUGAUCGAUGCAAAGAUCUACACAAAGUGUGAGCUUGCCAAGCAGCUGACCGCGAACGGGAUUAGCCGGACGUAUCAGGGGCACUGGGUCUGUCUGGCGAUCGCUGUCAGCGGGCUGGAUACCACCAAAACCACCAUGCUGCCCAACCUGACCGCCAACUAUGGAAUCUUCCAGAUAAACAGCAAGGAAUGGUGCCGCGUAGGCUACAAGGGCGGCAAAUGUAACAUGAAGUGUGAAGAUCUUGUGACGGAUGAUAUUACCAAUGCAAUUAAGUGUUCCAAAAUCAUUCAACAACAGAACGGCUUCAACGAGUGGGUUAUGUGGCAGAAGAAGUGCAAGGGCAAAGAGCUGCCAGACAUCGCCAACUGUGCGGCAAUUGGUUAGGGUGUGGUAUAGGCAACGAAUAAGCGAACAAACGGGAAAUAUCCAGUAAACUAUUACAACAUGCACCUUUACAACUGAACCAUCCAAGUGAAACUUAAACCACAAUUUGUAAACAAUAAAAUGAAGGUAGACUCAGUGAUCUAAAUUAUACAAUACA